AUGAGAUUACACAGUUGUAUCACACUAACUCCACUAUCCCCAACAAUUGUUCUUUACUGUCUCACAGAAAUUUUGCUCACAAGUUUGAACAAUGCUGAGGAAAGAAAACUGAGAGUAACCCUUUUGAGUGCUGAAUGGAAAGCAUCAAUCAACGGAGACUUGACAACCAUCAACAGAGAGCUAGCAAUACAGAUGGCUAAACAUCCCAAUGUGGAAGUCAGUGUCCUCUUACCUCAGUGUAGUGAAGAGGACAAGAGAGAUGCUGAUAGUUAUGAUGUUAAACUCAUUGAAGCAGUUAAACUGGGUGGUUUUGAACCAGUUGAUUGGCUAGCCUCUGUACCUGAAGGCCAUACUAUGGAUUGUGUUCUAGGCCAUGGAGUAGCUCUUGGUCGGCAAAUUCAAGUCAUAAAGAGAAAUUCCAAUUACAGUCAUUGCAAAUGGAUUCAAGUUGUCCAUACUGCCCCUGAAGAAAUUGGCAUGUUCGGAGACAUUUCUCAAGGUCAACAAAAGCAGCAAACAGAAAUAGAAUUAUGUCAAAUGGCAGAUCAAGUUGUAACAAUUGGCCCCAAGCUAACUGAUGCAUAUAAGCACCAACUCAGAAAACAAGAUGUUUUUAACCUGACGCCAAGCGUUUUCACAGAAUUUUCAGAUGUGCAGCAAGCAAGUGAUGAAGGAAGAAGAUUUUGUGUCUUGGUAAUUGAGAGUGGUGAUAGUGAAGAUUUUGAUGUUAAGGGGUACGAUACUGCAGCAAAAGCUAUUGCUGAGCUAAAGGAUAAAUCUUACCAACUCAAGUUUGCUUCCAAACAGAAAGGAAAAGAAGAUGAAUUAAAACACAAGUUACUUCAGUCUGGUAUUGGUCGUAAUCAGCUAAGUAUCUGCAGUUUAGAUGAAGACAGGGAAACAUUAGCAAACUUAUUCUCUGUGGUGGAUAUUGCCAUACUGCCCUCAAAAACAGAGGGAUUCGGGUUGAGUGCUCUUCAGGCCAUAUCUGCUGGUCUUCCAGUACUUGUCAGUGGUAACUCAGGAAUUGCAGAAGCCUUAAAGGAGGUGACUUAUGGGUCACAGUGUAUAGUGAAUUCAGAGGAUCCUGCAGCCUGGGCCAGUGCAAUAAAAGCUGUGCGUGACAAAAAAAGAUAUGUACGACUUGCAGAGGCUAAGUCUCUUCGUGAAAAUUAUUUGCAGCAGUUCAGCUGGGAGACGCCUUGUGAUUUCCUUGUCGAAAAGAUGUACAAUCUUGCAUUUGGAAAGAAGCAAACUUCAGAACAUGAGAAUAAAGGGGCAUGUUCAUCCAGUGGUAAGAGCCACAGAGAAUUAGCACUAACUGAUCAUGUUCGUCAGUAUGGUGAUGUCUUUGCAAAUUUUGUGGAAAGUCAGUGUUCAUUUUUUGUGAUAUUUUAUCCUUACCUAUAA